UUGCUCGAAAGAAGCGUCGCCUCUAAGAGCGAACAAACCGGACCAUUUCCGGGAAUGUGUAGGGAAGGCGGCUGUGGCUACGUGGCCACCUUGUUUGACAGGUCGAAGAGGGACAAUGGCGAUGGAGGAGAACGGCGACAAUAAUGACAACGGGAGCCCCAGUUCUCCCCAAGAUUGUGUCGAUAGCUCAAAGACUACCGAGGGAACUGCUGCUGAAACUGAAGUAGACCAACUUCCACCGUCCUGUGAUGGGACAGAAAAGUCACGCAGUGGUGAAAAGGGCACGCGCUGGUCAAUUGACAACAACUGGGGUCUGUCAUUGGAGGAACUGUUUGACAUGGCAGUGAUCUUUUUAAAAGACAAAGAUGGCAAGGCUUUCCAUCCAACUUAUGAAGAGAAGUUGAGGCUAGUUGCCUUACAAAAACAGUCAUGUCAAGGCCCGUAUGAACCUGACGCUCAUCCAGAAGUGGGUUUCUUUGACGUCCUGGGAAAUGACAGGAGGAAAGAAUGGGCAAGCCUGGGGAAAAUGACUAAAACUGAUGCAAUGACGCAAUUCAUUCAGCUUUUACAUGCAUGUUGCCCUUUAUUUUCCCCAUACAUUACAUCCCAUAAGAUUGAACAAGAACAGCAGGAAAAGAAAAGAAGGGAGGAGGAGCAGCGACAGCAGCUGGAAAGAGAGGAGAUGGCACGGAGAGAGCAGGAAGAGGCAAGGAGGAGAGCGGAGGAAGAGGAGCGGAGGCAGCAAGAGGAGGAGAAGAUGAGGAAAGAGGAGGAACAGCGUCUGCAGAUGGAACAACAAAAGCAGCAGAUCAUGGCAGCCUUGAAUGCCCAGACGUCGGGCCAGUUCCAGCAGUACGCCACACAGCAGUACCCAGACGACCCUGAGCAGCAGAGAGCCCUCAUCCAGCAGCUGCAGGAGCAGCACUACCAGCAGUACAUACAGCAGGCCUAUCAGCUGCACCUGGUAUCCCAGCAACAGCAGCCUACAGUAGAGACACAGGAGAGUCCAGAGUGUUCUCUUCAGCUGCCAAACAACACAGAGACAGCAGAGCCCCCUGACGCUGAGCAUGCGGAUGCGGAUGCCAAUUCAAGCACAAAUACCCCUCCUCAGGACCAAACCCCUCCCCAGGACCAAACGGAUACGCUAACACCUCCAGCAGGAGGUAUCCUGGCCCCAUCCAUGUGGACCAGGCCCCAAAUCAAAGACUUUAAGCAGAAGAUGCACGACGAUCCAGACUCCAUGAUAACCGUGGGAAGGGGAGAGGUGGUCACGGUGCGCGUCCCCACUAACGAAGACGGUAACUACAUGUUCUGGGAGUUUGCCACAGAUCACUAUGACAUCGGUUUUGGCCUCUCCUUCGAGUGGACCGACUCACCGGUCACGUCCAACAGUGCUGGUGCCACACCUGCUGAUGAGGAGGACGCAGGCAAGGGAGAGGAUGCAGAGGAGAUGGAGGAGAAUGGCACGCAGGGUCCUCCGGUGGAGGAGGUGGUGCCGGUGUAUCGGCGGGACAGCCACGAGGAGGUGUACGCUGGGAGCCACCAGUAUCCAGGACAGGGCACCUAUCUGCUCAAAUUCGAUAACUCCUAUUCCCUGUGGAGGACCAAGACCGUUUAUUACAGAGUCUACUACACAAAAUGAGGAUGUCACAUGAGGAUGUCACGGAGAACCAAAGUCCAGUUGAAAUCAGUCUUUGUUUUACUGCUUAUUGUGUGAAUACGGCUACAUUGUGUGUGAAAAUAUUUUGGUACUGAAGCACAGAAUAUAGUAGAGACUGUACACCAGGUCAUUUGACGGUUAAUAGACAUCAGAACCUGUUGGAGAAUGUUAUGCUAUGUACUGUAUGCCACUGCCAUGAAGGACACAUGAACGUUUAUUUUUCAUUUCAUAUUUAGUUAGCCUACUAUUAGUAUUAUUUUCAGAUUGUUUUAUUGUCAAGAUUUAAUAUUUAUGACACUGAUUGGACGAGGGUUAAGUUUUAAAAAAUCGUACAUACAGGCAUGCUUCUACUGUUUGCUGAGCUUGUGAGUAGGAACAUGAUAACAGCUGGUCUAUGUGUAAUAUUUAUUGUAAUGUACUGUAUACUGUUAUACAAAAUCAUUGGCUUCACAAGUACAGUAUGCUGAUGUGUACAUUUUCAGGUGAAGUCAGGUCAGGAAGAUAAUAUGAAAUGUAAGGGAAAACAAGAAAUAAAAAAAUGGCAAAUAUUUAAGUCACUUAUUCCUUGGUAUUCUAUUGCUUAUUAGAUCAGAUGUUACUUGACUGAUAGCCUUAAUUGUGCAUUUUGUUGUCUGUCAAUUUGUGGCAUCUUUUUAUUUUUAAUCUUCAUGCACACCUCUUUUGGUCAGGUGUGUCGGAGGAGAACCACAG